AUGGGGAACAUGGAUGGGAAAACUGUUGAGGAAUUAAGUGCUACAGAAAUUCACAGAUGGUAUAAAAAAUUUAUGACGGAGUGUCCAUCUGGCCAGCUUACUCAACAUGAAUUUAAACAAUUCUUCGGCCUCAAGAACCUCAGCCCGGCAUCUAACCAAUAUAUUGAACAAAUGUUUGACACGUUUGACUUUAACCAGGAUGGUUAUAUGGAUUUCAUGGAGUAUGUGGCGGCUCUGAGCUUGGUCCUGAAGGGGAAAGUGGAGCAGAAGCUAAGGUGGUACUUUAAAUUAUAUGAUGUCGAUGGGAAUGGCUGUAUUGACAGAGGAGAGCUCCUCAAUAUAAUUAAGGCUAUUCGGGCUAUUAACAGAUGUAAUGAUAGCAUGACUGCGAAAGAAUUCACUGAUAUGGUCUUCGAUAAAAUAGAUAUCAAUGGUGAUGGUGAAUUAUCAUUGGAAGAAUUUAUUACAGGUGUGCAAAAAGAUGAGCUUCUUCUGGAAGUGUUGACCCGUAGUCUUGACCUAAAGCAUAUUGUCCACAUGAUACAGAAUGACGGCAAAAGAAUGGACAUCACAGAGCGACCCAGACCGGAAAUUACAACCGGAGACUCACUUCCCUGA